UAUGGCACUGCGCAGGUCAAUUUUUCUUUUAUCAAUUGUUUAUUUUUUGUGAAAGUAAUAAAAGUUGAAAUCGAGUAAUACAUCUCGCGCUUGGCUCAUCAUACUUUCCAUUUCAUUCGCUUGUAACGGAUUUCGAAAUCAUUCAAAUCACUAACUUCGAAAUUAGUACAAAGCCUGCGUUAGGCUUCUUCAGAAUCUCGCCCAACAACAUUGUAGCAGCUAAUGCAAAUAUGCUUGUCUAAUUUGAGUUGUUUGGUACUGCUCAUUGGAUUUGAUUGGAUCUUGUUUGGAGAGGGAGGGGCUGAAAAACUAGCUCCUAGCCAUGAGUUUCUUUAGAUUGCAAAAGCUACUCGGGAAAUUUACAUUGGUCAACUUCCAUCUGCGACUUAUGUUCCUUAUGCUUUUGCUCCUAUGCAUGAUUGGUGUUAUAUUUAAUUUCUAUAGGAGAACUGAUUUAUCGCCUUGCUUCAUGGACUCACCCGCCCUGGACAAUCGAACAAAAUUGGAUGAUGUCUUGUUUGCUCGAAUUUUGCCGGAUGCUGGUAAGAGUAUAUUUUUCCAUGAGACAUCGUGUCCCCAUAUCUCCUCACUUUUGAAAGCUGACGUUUUGUCCGAGGAAAGUAGACACAUAAAUGUAGUGAAGCUGAAUGCUAGACAAGCUUGUGCCAUUGAAUCGGCAGCUGUGCACAAUCCCUCGAGCAAGGUCUUUGUAUUAUUUGCUAGUCCCCGUUAUAGGAGUUUGAACAACUCCAAUGAUCCCAUUGUAGAUGCGAUUUUAUCCUAUGACAAUGUUCACUUAAGAAACCUUAAUCUAUGGACCUAUUCAGCGGGUACCCCUGCAUACGAUCUUUUAAAGGAUGGUUCAUUAUUCAAGUCGAGUUAUGUCUUGUCACACAUAUCGGAUUUUUUGCGCUAUUUAACGUUAUGGCGCUGGGGCGGCACUUAUCUUGAUAUGGAUAUUGUAAUGCUGCGUUCCAUGGAGGAUGUACCACCAAAUUAUACAGGCGCUGAAUCCGAUAGUCAUCUUGCUGCUGGAGUCAUGAAUUUUGCCCACGAUGGUUUCGGUCAUGAAAUCGCUGAGGAGUGUUUACUGGACUUACAGCGGAAUUUCGAUGGCAGCAAUUGGGGCAACAAUGGUCCCGGAGUCAUUACACGCGUCAUAAAGCGUGUUUGUCAAACGACUAACAUCAGAGUUAUGCAGGACACAAAACGAUGCAUGGGCUUCAAAGUGUUCCCUAUAGAGGCUUUCUAUGCCAUUCCCUGGAUGGAAUGGAGUCAUUUCUUCGAAGCGGAAAUGCUGGACAAAACAAUGGCGCGCAUGAAGAACUCCUUUGUUGCCCAUGUGUGGAACAAACACUCAAUAAAGCGCCAAAUCCAAACAGAUGCAAAACCUUGUGCGUAUAGUGUUUUAGCCAAAAAACACUGUCCCCGCGUGUACAAAGCAGCCGGCGAAUAUUUUUAAUGCCUAGAGCAAAACGCACCGCACAAACAAUGGCCGAAUUCCGCCACUUGGGAUUGUUCUGCAACACAACCGCAAACUAUUUUCUUUUCGCACACAUAACCACGUACAUACUACCUACCCUACAUACCCUGCAUACAUACCAAAGCAUUAUUUAUUUUAUUCACAAAUUUUAUGGAAAACAAACCAACCACAAACAAACUAACCUUUAGCUAAGUGUAAUGUAAUUGUAGCAAAUGAAACUCAUUACCAAGUUUUUUUUACAAAUAAAUCUACAGCCGUUGGCCAAAUAAACAAAAAUUUACCAAAUAACACAAA